CGAAAUUUCCGUUUGCAUAAAAAGGAAAAAAAUUAAAAAACUUUUGCAUAAAAUUUAAAAUUAAAUAAAAUUUCCCAAACACGAUUAUCAAUGCAAGUGUAAACAAUAAAAGAUAAAAAAAUACUAAAGAAUGCAUAAAUUUUGGUUACCCAAUCUCCAACGGACAAGAUUUUUUUCAAUACGCCACUUAUCGUGCAUGCAAAAUGGUAGAGUAUGUCCAUGUUCUGGGACGAAAUCCAUCGACAAUAAACCCACCGAAUCUGAAAAACCACUACGUUGGGGUAUGGCUCCGGUGAGUUUGAUAGCCGAUGAUUUUGUUACCGCCCUGCAAGUACUAUCGGACCGACAUCAUAUGGUAACCGCUUGCACAUCCUAUUACCAGUCCGUUGCAAGGACAUUUGCCAAUAAACAUAACAUACCGCAUGUGUACAGUAGUUUUGAGGACCUGGCACGUAGCAAAGAUGUUGAUGUGGUAUUCAUCUCAUCUUUGAAUCCAUUUCAUUUGGAAAUCUCGCGUCUGAUGUUGGAUCAUGGCAAACAUGUACUGUGUGAGAAGCCACUUUGUAUGAAUGAAGAUCAAGUCAUACAGUUAAUAGGUCAUUCGCAUAGUAAGGGUUGUUUUCUUAUGGAGGGUAUUUGGUCCCGUUGUGUGCCGGCCUAUCAGUAUAUCCGCAAACAAAUUGAGGCAGGCGCUUUGGGUGAGGUGGUUAAAGUAAAUUGCACACUUGGAUUACCGAUGCAGAAAGUUGUACGUGUAAUGCGUCGCAGCCUUGGCGGCGGUGUCACACUCGAACUCGGCGUUUAUGCACUGCAGUUCGCAAUGUGGGCAUUUGGUUAUGCGCCACACAAUGUAAUCGCACAUGGCAAAUUAAAUGAGGAUGGUGUUGAUGAAGAAGCGAAUAUCGUCAUGAAAUUUGGUCCAGAACGUGAAGCGGAAAUAAUGCUGAGUUGCACAAAGCGUUUUGACAACAAGGCUGUUAUUAAGGGCACAAAAGGUAGUAUAGUUGUGCCUGAUUAUUGGUGUCCGGCAAGAGUAAUCGAUGUUGAUGGUGAAGAAAAAGAAUUUCCGCUACCUCAUAGUGAUCUGUCCACAUACCUACCGAACCGUUUAGCUUUGAGUUUUGAAGCAGAAGAAGUACGACGUUGUAUAUCAGAGCAUAAGGCGCAAAGCGAUUUAUUUACGCACAAGGAAAGUUUGGCAUUGUCAUAUAUUGAAGAUCAAAUCCGUCGACAAUUAGGUGUUGUAUACGCAGAGGACGAGACGGCGAAUGUGUGUCGAUAGUUGCUGAUAAUCGAACAAUUACAUAUCCAUACAAAUUAAUCAAAAGUCAAUAAAAUACUAACUUUUUUUUAACAUAA